UGUAAACAGGAUGGAGCACUGCUGAACUGAACAGAGAGAGGGCGUGUGCUUUUAUUCAUGGAGCCUGACAGUUCCACAAAGAUUUGCUGAAUCUGACUGUUUCUAUGGACUUUAAUGGACUUAUUCUCUGAAUUCAACAUUGGGGAGUUAUUAAUUCAAGACUGGAACCAAGGUAUUAUUUGGCACACGUGAGGAUACCUAGUUUCUUGGGCUCUGGAUUACUCAGAUUCAACAUUGUGGCAAUGCCUGUGAUUGUACUGGAGGCCAGAGACUUAAUCAGUCCUCUGUUUUUGAUACGGACAUGGGAGAUCUUAUCAGGCUGCACCACUUUCAGUCUUGUGGCCUCACUGGAAGAUUCCGAGUUAAAUAAAAAUCCAUCCACCCUCCGCUUCAACACAUUCAGGGUCUUCUGCAUGUUCACCUGGUGCUUCUUCUUCACCCUUUCGCUACUGAUCCACAUCCUCAGUGUCAUCCAGUUUCACAGCCUUAUACCAAUAUCCUGGAAGAACCUAACGAUGACCGUGGCAGUUUUAGGUGGAUUGAUGUGUUUCACGGCCUCUGUGCUUUUUCCUUGGAUCAUCAUGGAUCACCAAAGGGUAUCACCACGUCCUCUGGUGGCUGCUGUGACCUCCUGCCUCACUGUCCUGGCCUACUCCUCCGAGUCCUACAUUCUUCGCACCCAAGCCCACGAGCACAGAGGCUACAUGGGCAGCCUGCCUGGUCUCCUUAAGACAAUCCAACUCUGGGGAGGCUUUCAGAUGAUACCCCUGGUUGUAGAGGUGGUCUUUGGACUGCAAAGAGGAGUACACAGUUGGCAGGUGUGGGUCACUGGCGUGUCAUACGGUGUGUGUCUCCUCAUGUCCCUUGUCACACUGGUGGUGAUAUUAGGUGACCUUGCUGGGAGAUGCCCCUUACCUUUUGACAGAUUUUUGGCUGGUUUCACUGUAAUUGGGGUUUUGCUUUAUAUGGUGGCCACAGUGAUUUGUUUUACCAAGAUUCUUCAGCUAAGAGAACUCGAACAACAAGUUUCCAAUGAAAGUGCAGGGCUGGUUAUCAUGGAAACAGUGGUUGCAGGUAUUACACUGUUAGCUUAUACAGUUGACCUUGCCUUUUCCACGAAACUGUUAUGUGACAGGAGUCAUGUAUGACGUUAUUUUUUAUGAGCAAAACCAUGUGAUUUUUAUGUUGAGUUAUUGCUGUAUGAUCAAACAGGCCUCUCUUUUAAGAGAUAAACUACAUUUUGAAAUAUA